UCGGUUACUGAAAGUUUCCAGAAAAUGUCGAGUGCAACGCUGGUCGCUUUGUGUAUCUUGGUUGUUUUGACCGGACAAUCGCUGGGUCAAAAUGCGACCGUAGAUGAGUCUGUUAAAUGGGCCAAUGAUCUGUUCAAAACCGCUCAAGUUAUUGCCGGAGAAAAACUACCAACAAAUGCUGAUGCUCAGAAUGAUGCCAAAGAUCAACUGGACACCUUGAAAAUGGCCUUAUCCCACUGCGAAACGGAGCUUAGAUCCACGCUGAAUGUUAGCAGUCACAAGACUUGUGUGAAUGCCGUAUUUGCUGGCUUUUAUACCGCUUUGGAUCAGUUGGCCGGGGAGCAUUGGGCCAUCUAUGGAGCCACCUCGGGGGCUUCGCGUAUCGGAUUGUUCUGGUAAUCCUCAAA